GUUCUCGGUCGCUUGUUGUGGGUUUCGUAAUGGCGGGAACACCGCUCAACGAGAAAAUGUUAAAUUGCAAAUUAAGAAACGUUGUUUUCCUUCUCACAUACCUCUCUUUGGCACUAACAGCAAAACCCAAAGUUGAUGUCAAAAAGAGCCUAGUGUUUGGGCCAGCACUAGAGCCAAAUAUAGUUCUUCCAGUGAGGUAUUUCUACAUUCAGCUGGUUGACACCAAAGGCAAAAACCUUACAUCAUCCCCUGGAAAAGAAAACCUAAAAGUUGAAUAUUCAUCCAGUGCUGGCAGGGUAAGGUUGUGGCCAGAUCUACUGGACAGAAAUGAUGGAUCUUUUAUUGUAAGGUUUAGAAUUAUGAAUACAUACAAUGACUUGAAGAUUUCAGUGAAAUGGAAAGAUCAACAUAUAGCUAAAUCACCUUAUCAGCUGAAAGCUGCUAUUUACCAUGAGCAAUGCAACUGCCCAGAGACCAACAUAGAGAAAUGGUUGGAGGAUAUGAAAUGUCCAAAGUCAUUUCCAGAAAUUGAAAGAGGCUUUGCAAAUUUUAAAAGUAUCAACCUGAAAAGAUUACGCAUGGAAGGCUUCAAGAGAUAUGACAGUGGUGCAGUAUGUCACUACAGUUUGAUUGACGGAAGGCUUUAUAGAAAGUGUCCUGGCUCAAUAACUGACUUCAAAAUGUUCGUAGAUGCUUUUAUGUUGUCAGUUCUACGAAAGGUAAAGCUUCCUGAUGCAGAAUUUUUUACCAAUCUUGGUGAUUGGCCUUUGGAAAAGAAUUUGAGUGAUCCUCUUCCAAUUUUAUCAUGGUGUGGUUCUGAUGAAACAGCAGAUAUCGUUUGGCCUACGUAUGACGUUACUCAGUCGAUUCUGGAGGCUCUUGGCAGGCAAACCCUGGACAUGAUGUCGGUGCAAGCUAAUACUGGGCCAAAAUGGAAGAAGAAAAUAGCAAAAGCAUUUUUUAGAGGAAGAGACAGUCGCCAAGAACGUCUUGAUUUAGUUGUUAUGGGAAGAAAGAAGACAGAUCUUUUCGAUGUUGCUUUGUCAAAUUUCUUCUUUUUCCCAUACGAUGAAAAGAAAUAUGGCGCAAAGAACACGGUUUCGUUCUUUGACUUUUUUAAGUACAAAUACCAGAUAAACAUCGAUGGAACAGUGGCGGCUUAUAGAUUUCCAUACCUGCUGAUUGGCGAUUCUGUUGUGUUUAAACAAGAUUCACCUUAUUAUGAACAUUUUUACAAGGACCUAAAGCCUUGGGAGCAUUAUAUUCCCUUCAAAAGAGAUCUCAGUGAUCUGGAAAAGCAACUGAUAUGGGCAAAGAGCAAUGAUAAAGAGGCCCGAAAAAUAUCUGAAGCUGGCAGGACAUAUGCUCGAAAUAACCUGAUGCCAGAAUCUAUUUACUGCUAUACAGUGCUGAUGUUUCAGGAGUAUGCUAAGAGGCAAAAACAGAAUCCAAAGUAUCACAAAGAUAUGGAGCUUGUAGACCAGCCGAGUGACGCCGACUCCCGUUGCGAAUGCUAUAAAGUUCCAAAGGGAAAAGACGAACUUUAAUCAAAAUUUUGAUAGGAUUAAUUAUUUGCAGUCAAUGGUAUUCAUAGGUGUUUUUUAACGAA